AUUCAUAACUCGCAUCCGCCUCACGGCUGAGCUCCGGGCCCCUCCUGCAUCCCUGGGAUGGCACUUGACAUCAGAGGGGGCUUGGGUGAGGGUCGAGCACCGAGCUGCGGAAGGAGAAGUCGCGGGAUGCGGCCCGCAGUCGGCGCAGCCAGGAGACGGAGGUGCUGUACCAGCUGGCGCACACUCUGCCCUUUGCGCGCGGCGUCAGCGCGCAUCUGGACAAGGCCUCCAUCAUGCGCCUCACAAUCAGCUACCUACGCAUGCACCGCCUCUGCGCUGCAGGGGAGUGGAACCAGGUGGGAAAAAGGGGAGAGCCACUGGAUGCCUGCUACCUGAAAGCCCUGGAGGGUUUCGUCAUGGUGCUCACCGCUGAGGGAGACAUGGCUUACCUGUCAGAAAAUGUCAGCAAGCACCUGGGCCUCAGUCAGCUGGAGCUCAUUGGACACAGUAUCUUUGACUUUAUCCAUCCCUGCGACCAAGAGGAACUCCAGGAUGCCCUGACCCCCAGGCCAAGCCUGUCAAAGAAGCUGGAAGCCCCAACAGAACGCCACUUUUCCCUGCGAAUGAAGAGCACACUUACCAGCAGGGGGCGCACGCUCAACCUCAAAGCGGCCACCUGGAAGGUGCUGUACUGCUCAGGACAUAUGAGGGCCUACAAGCCCCCUGCACAGACUUCCCCUGCCGAGAGCCCUCGCUCUGAGCCUCCCCUGCAAUGCCUGGUGCUUAUCUGUGAAGCCAUCCCCCACCCAGCCAGUCUGGAGCCCCCGCUGGGCCGAGGGGCCUUUCUCAGUCGCCACAGCCUGGACAUGAAGUUCACAUACUGCGACGAGAGGAUUGCAGAUGUUGCUGGCUACAGCCCUGAUGACCUGAUUGGCUGUUCUGCCUAUGAAUACAUCCAUGCUUUGGACUCUGAUGCAGUCAGCAGGAGCAUCCACACCUUGCUGAGCAAGGGCCAAGCAGUAACGGGACAGUAUCGCUUCCUGGCCCGAACUGGAGGUUAUCUGUGGACUCAGACUCAGGCUACAGUGGUGUCAGGGGGGAGAGGCCCCCAGUCAGAAAGUAUCAUCUGCGUCCACUUCCUGAUCAGCCGUGUAGAAGAGACCGGAGUGGUGCUGUCCCUGGAACAAACAGAGCAACACACUCGAAGACCCCCUCAGCUGGGUACCUCCUCACAGAAGGGUAUCCCUGGUAACAGUCUAGACCCUCCUGCUCCACGGAUCCUGGCCUUCCUGCACCCUCCAGCCCUGAGUGAGGCCUCUCUAGCUGCUGAUCCACGCCGUUUCUGUAGUCCAGACUUGCGCCGUCUCAUGGCACCCAUCCUGGAUGGACCUCCCACAGCUACCAGCCCCAGCACCCCACAAGCUACACGGAGACCCCAAAGUCCUCUACCGGCUGAUCUCCCAGAUCAGUUGGCUGUGGGCUUGGAGAAUGCACACAAACUCUCCACUGCCCGGAAAAACAAGACCGUGGAGACAAAUCUAGAUACAGCUCAGGACUCUGACUCUCUGGACUUGGAGAUGCUGGCUCCCUACAUCUCCAUGGAUGAUGACUUCCAGCUCAACUCCAGUGAGCAAUUGCCCAAAGUCCACCGCAGACCUCCCGGGGUGGCCCGUAGGCCGCGUGCUCGGAGCUUCCAUGGCCUGUCGCCCCCCAUCCCUGAGCCCUCCCUGCUGCCCCGUUGGGGAAGUGAUCCACGACUGAACUGUUCCAGCCCCUCCAGGGGGGAUCCCCCCACAGCCUCCCUGACGCCUGGAACUCGGAAGAGGGCCUUGGCCCAGAGCUCAGAGGACAAAGGGUUGGAGCUGCUGGAAACGAAGCCCCCCAAGCGGUCCCCAAGACUAGAACCUGGAAGCCUCCUGCUGCCUCCGCUCAGCCUGAGUUUCCUUCUGCAAGGUCGACAACUCCCAGGGAACCAGCAGGAUCCCAGAGCCCCACUCCUGGAUUCACGUGAGCCCUUGGGCCUAGCUCCCUCGCUGCUCUCUCUCUACCAGCAUGAGGAAACUAUCCAGCCCAGGAACCUCUUCCCACCAGCAGCAGGCUUGGCCCAGACCCACUGAGCCAGCCUUCCUCUCAGCCCUCUUCUUCUACCCCAGAAAGGACUCAGCCACACUCCACACCAGCAGCCUACACCCAGGAUGGGGCCUCUCUCCUCUGAGUGCGCCCCCCAGCCAGCCACAGUCCUACCUCAGCCCCCCAACCUUCUGCCUUCCCCCAGUCGGAGGCUUCUUGGGUGUUCUCAGCUCAGUGACCUCUGGGAGGGGUGUGUGACCCCCCCCCACCUCCUCUCAGGACUUCCUUAGUUCUCCAUACCUCACUACCCCUUUCUCUGACUCUCUUUGCUUUAUUUGGGAGGAUGAGGGGUUGGAAGAAUCAGGGAUCCAUCUCUGAUCCUGACCCCGUGGAGAUUAGGCAACUGUAAUCAUGGGUUUUGGUGUUUUGUUUUGUUUUGUUUUGUUUUGUUUUGUUUUCCCCCUGUUCCUCUUCUAUCAGCUUUACUUUGUCCUUUUCACAGCAGGGCAUUCAGUCACUCUGCAUGCACAGACCCACAGCAAUUGCGGGAUGGGACUCUGGUCUUCCUCCUCUUCUGUGGCAAAUGUGGGGAGACUCUAGGUCAGAUCUCGCCUCAAGCAACUUACGAAGUCUUAGCCUUCCAAGCUGCCCCCCAGCUCUGCUUGUCCCUUCUGCUCCUGACUUCCUGCUGGCCCCUGACCCUGCCUGAAUGAUGACUUCAUUUGUGAUCUUCCUAUAUUAGGGGGAACCAGCAGCUUCCUCCACUCCACAGACUCAUAGUCUCUGGCCUUCUCUGGAUCUUGAAUCCUUGGCUCUCGCCUUUACCGUCUGUAGACUGUAUGACCUCUGGUCUUCUCUGGACCUAGGCUAUAUCACUUUCUCUCUUCCUUGCAUCUAGUCCAUGCAGCUCCUGGUCUUUGUUCUAGAUCAUAUGCCCUUGGACCUUCUCUGGUUCUAGAGGUCUGUGAGUUCUCUGAUUCUAGACUUUCUAGUUCCUCGUUCUAAAACAUAUAAUCCCAGGGCUUUUCCCUGGCUUUCUGACUCCAUACUUCUCUUUUUAUGUUUCUAGACUGUGAAGCCUGUGAGCUUCAUUGCCUCUAGACUGCACCACCAGUGGUCUCCUCUAGUUUGAGGCUCAUAACCUCUGCCCUUCCCUUGUUCUAGACACUGUGGUCUCUGGCCUCCAUGGUUCUAAACUGUGUUAUUCCUGCCUUCUUUGGCUCUAGACUGUGCAACUUCUGACCUUCUCUGGUUCUAGUCUGUACAUUCUCCAGUCUUUUACCUGACUCUAGAUUGCAUGCCUUAUGGCUCUGCUGUGGUUCUAGACCAUGCUACUUUUCUGGCCUUUUCUCUGAUUCUAUACCACAGGCCCUCUGGUCUCCUGUGGUUCUAGACCAGUGGUUCUCAACUUUCCUAAUGUCAUAACCCUUUAAUACAGUUCCUCAUGUGGUGGUGACCUCAGACUAUAAAAUUAUUUCAUUGUUACUUGUAACUGUAAUUUUUCUUCUGUUAUGAAUCAUAAUGUAAAUAUCUGAUACACAGGGUAUCUGAUAAGUGAUCCCCAAAAUGAUCACAGCCCACAGGUUGAGAACUACAGUUCCAGAACAGCCUAUGACCUUUGAUUCUAGGUUAUGCUGCCUCUGAUCUACAUCGGUUCCAAACUAUAUGACCACUAGCCUUCUCUGGCACUCCCUGGUUCUAGACUGUGCUAUCAUUGACUCCCCUGGUUCUAGACUGUGCUAUCAUUGACUCUUCUGGUUCUAGACUGUGCUAUCAUUGGCUUCCCCCCGGUUCUAGAUAGCAUCAUGGUCUGCUACAGACCUCAGUUUCUUCCAACCCCUCUACUUCCACAUCUCAUAGUCUUUAGUUCUUUCUUGGGCUAAAGCAGGGUUUGAAUUACAUAAUCUGUAAGGCUCUCUGGAUCUAAAGCCUACAACCACCAAGAAUCCUCUGGCUUCAAGACUUAUUCUGUCAUUUCCUCUGUUUCUAGGCCCCUUCUUAAAAAUCCUCUGGUUCUCAGGCCCUCUGCUCCCUCCCAUUGCAGACCAUUGAUGUGUGCAGUAGGAAGGAUUAAACCCAAGAGCUUGUACAUGCUAGGUAAGCACUCUACCCCUGAGCUGUAUCCCCAGUCCUUUCUUAUGUCUUAUUUUGAGACAGGAUCUUUAUUGAUUGCACAGACUAACCUUGGACACAAGUCUGUAAACCUAUGCAGGCCUUGAACUCAUGAUCCUCCUGCCUCAGUCUCCCAAGUAGCUGGGAAUUACAGAUCUUUGAGACUAUCUUCAGCUAAUCUUAAAAUUGACAAUUUCUUCUUGCUUCUGGAUCCCCCAACUCCAAGCUUCUUAUUAGUUCCAGUCUUCCCGAUCUGUAAGAUAUUUGGUUUCAAAUCCAGACAUCAUUUCUAGAUCAUUUUGGUUCCGACUCUAUUGUUCUCUGCACUUGAGAAUUCAAGAAUUGCUUUCCUCCAGUGAGGAAGAGCAAAGUGAGUUUCAUGUCUUGAACUUGGAUCUGUUCCUUCUGGAGCCAGAUGCCAUGUGCCCAUUCUCUUGGGUUCCAGAUUUCAUUACCUUCAAUCAUUAUCCAUGUUUUAGAUUAUGCAAACUCUAGACCUCAAAACUUCCAGGAUCCUCUGUUCUCAGAAGACCUGGUGAUCUGCCUAUUACUGAGCGUCAAAUAUCAAGGUGGGCAGUGGUGGUACACAUCUUUGAUCCCAGCACUUGGGAGACAGAAGAAGGCAAAUCUUUUUAAAUUUGAGGCCUGCUGAUCUAUAGAGCAGGUUUCAGGACUCCAGGGGUAAGAGGAGAAACCCUGUCUCAAAAACAACAAAACAGAACAAAACAAACAACAACAACAAAAGCAAAGGACAUAUAUCUUCUGGGGUUUGUUACUGUUUUUAAACAGUGUCUCAAACUCAUUGACCAUAAAAUUGCUAUAUAGUCAAAUGAUCCUGAACCAGUGAUACCCCUUCACCCACCUCCCAAGUGCUGGGAUUACAGAUAUGCCCAGUUUUAUGUGGUGUUGGGGAUUGAACCCGAGCCUCAUACAUGCUAGGCAAAUACUAUACAACUGAGCUACACCCUGCCUCUAUAAAUGUCUUCUGCUUCUAAACCUUAUCCCAUGAGUUCCUUUGGUUCUAGGCUCCACAACUGUCAAGUCCUCUUUACUUCAGAUCUUAUGACUCAAAGUACCCCUGAGUCUAGAACAUGGCUUGAAAAUAUCAUCUAAUAUCUUGCCUUAUAUAUUUCUCUAGUUCUAAACCUUAGAACCCCAACUCCUGAUUCUAGAUUUUGAGAUCCUAAAAUCCUUAUUGACCAGAGAUGACCUUGAACUUGUGACUCUCUACCUUUCACCUCUCAAACACUACAAUUACAAGUGUUCAGCAGCAUGCUGGCUUUGGUGGUGCCAGGGAUGAACCCAGCUUUGUGCAUGACUAUGGCAAGCACUCUACCAGCUAAGAUACAACCCUGUCUUAGGCUUUUUCUGAUUGUGUCACUCUGAAUCCCUGGGGUUCUAGGCCUCCUACUUUCCAAUUGUCCCUGGCUUCUGAUCCUACUUCCUCAGGCUGUAGAAUGCAACCUUCAAAUGUUUCUUGUUAUAGAAUCUAGAACUCACUCUGUAGAUUUCUUUGAUCCAAGAUCUCGCACCCCUUGACUCCUUGGGUCCAAACCUAAUCCGUCUAGCUCUGUCUGGGCUAUCCAGCCCUCACUGAACUUGUCUCAGUUCUUAGCCCUCAAGUCUUUUCAUCCCACAUGCUCAAGCCUCUCCUGUCUCAUAGCCCUAAAAAUUUUCUACCCUGGAACCUCUUUCAUACCCCACCCCAAGCCUCCAGGCAUGCAUUUAACCUUAACUCUACUCCAGGUAUCUAGGGACCUGGGGCUCCUUCUCCUUCCUAGGGGCUCCAUAAUCCAGCCGCACACCGGCACACGCACAACCCUAUCUGCAUAUCUUGGGGUGGGGAAAGAGGGCAGGACCCCUCAGCUGUCUCCCACCAGCUAUGCAUCUUCCUAACCCCCAGCUCCCCUUCUACAAUGGUGCUACUCUGGUCUUCCACAGGAAAAGGCUCCCAUCUCUACUUUAAUUCGCCCCUCUUGGGAAGGCACUAUUCAGUUUGUCUUGUCAAGAGGUGGCCUGUUCAGGUGCUACAGGAGAAAGGGCCUGAAUUCUCUCUCCCUUCGUGGGUGUUGUGGUCUAGGAGAGAGGGAAGGACAUGGCCCAGCCAUGCUUAGCUCAGACACCCACAAGUGUCUCCACAACUACCAUAAAGACCUCGCCUUUAUAGGCACCAAAGA